CUUGCGGGGGAGACUACAGCGAGCUCGGGAUGUCCGACGGUAUUUGCAACUUUCCUUUUACUCCAGUGUGAUUAUUUGUGAGAUGAGGACGACGAGGGCAAAUUAAUCUUAGCUUUUUUUUCUUUUUUUUUUUUCUGGGUAAUGAAGCAGACUGACCGCUGGCUCUUGUCUCUAAAACUUUGAACCCAGAAGAAUACACAGCCCUGUAAAACCAUCAAUAUAAGCCAGUAACCUCCAUCAUGGCGACUCAACUACCUGCCGUCAUCACGCCGGCCUUGUUGGCUUCCAUCAGGAAACAACCUCACUUGCCGCGCAACACAUGGUACUUUGUGGCGGCCACAACUUUGGCGGUGCUGAACCGUCCAGAUGAGAUCCCGACGGUAUACAAGCACGUUCUGACACAUGGGGUUGAUCACGGCACAGAGGGCGCACCCUCGGCAGAGGAGCAACUCAGCAUCUCUCGUCGCAUGAGGGAAGCCCUUGUAAAAACCGCCGCAAUAGGAGGUUUGCCCAAGACCAUCAACGCCCUUCUUGAGCUCAAGAAACACACUCCAGAGCAGUUGGUUGAUGAGCCAUUGGCGUUCUCACCAACCUCACGGCCGCUCGAGAUGUAUGACGUGCCAUCGUCUCAGAUCUUGCAUCGAGGCCAGCGCUUCUUUGACAUGAUUUAUGGCAAGGUCUCGAAGCGGGUAAUGGGCCAGAUGGAUCGGUCUGGCACCGAGGAUUUAGGACUGACGGCAAGGCUCGUGUACGGCUACCUGUUGAGCAACACGGCUGUCUUGACGCCGGCCGAGACCUCGUUUGUCUUGAUUGCUGGGCUCAUCCCACAGGAUGUCAACCCGCAGCUCAAGGGUCACCUAAAGGGAGCCCUGAACGGCGGUGCAACAGUGGAUGAGGUCAAGGCUGUGCGGAACAUCUCUAUGGCGAUCUGUGAAUCAGCCGGCAUGCGCAUGCUGGACAAGUGCGCUACGGGCGGCUGGGGCUGGCGCACCGAGCCGGCAAACCUAUAACCCUUGGUGCACCAAAGUUGCCUGAAGUGCGGUCAGAUCACCUGCGGCCCAUCCAGGGACGGCUCAGCCGAGGCACAGUUAGGAGGGGGGAGUGGACAACUGGAAAUGCAAUAUCGCCUGUGUUUCCCUGAAUAGGACAAGCACGCACACAUUCCCCCGCCUCUGCCCCCCUCGUUGCAAGAAGACAUGUGAGGGCGAUCAGUGAAACCUACAGACGAAACUGGCUACGCUGUCACUUGGCGCUCCCUGAUCAAAUCUGCGAGUAUAUGCAGGUAUUGAUUCAUGUCUUGGCUGGACCUAAGGUUCAUGACUUUCCACCCUGGUAGAUAAUGGAUCACAGCUGGGAUGACAAGGUAUAUAUCAUGAUCUUCAUAUAAUAUAGAUGAUCAAGGGGUUUGAUAGAGUAUCCCAAAUAUGCCCGACCAAUCCCGCAUCCGCUUGCGUGAUUGUUAUUUACAGGCAGUUAUCAUUGGGGGAAGGGAGAGGCAAGCAAAUCGCCAUCACACAGACACCUGCAUAUUCCUUACUGAAAUCUAAC